ACUACCGUAGAAGAAGAAGAAGAAGAAGAAGAAGAAGAAGAAGGUCCAAUGGUGGCGAAGAAAGCGCUUCUUGGGGCCGCAGUGGUGCUGCUGCUGUGGGCGUUCUGCUCCGCUGCUGCUGCCGGUGGGGAAAAGCGCUUCGCCUCGAGAUUCCGGCCGCUUGUGACGAAGGAGAGCAGGACGAGGGUGGUGGAGACGGAGUCCGGGACGAUCACUGCCGUCGAUGUGCGUGAUGGCUGCGCGGGAGCUUACCAUCUCCAGUUCAUCACCUUGGAGCCCAGCUCACUCUUCCUCCCUGUGCUUCUGCACAGCGACAUGGUGUUCUACGUCCACACAGGGCGAGGGAGGGUGAGUUAUUUACAAGAAGAUUACAAACAUGGCACCCAAUCCAUUGACGUGAAGCACGGCGAUGUUUAUAGGCUCGAGCAGGGAAGUGUUUUCUAUGUGGAAAGCAACCCUUCUCCGACAAGGGAGAAGCUGAGGAUCCAUGCCGUUUUUAACGCCAUGAACAUCGAAAACACUGCGGAGCCAUUUUUUGGAGCUUACUCAAAUAUAUGUGACUUAGUUCGAGGCUUUGAUGAACAAGUCUUGGAGAUGGGUUUUGGGGUUUCGAAAGAAGUCAUACAGGGCAUCAUAUCGGCCGAGAGGCCUCCUUCUAUUGUUCCCUACAGUCAGAAUGAGACGGAGAAGCCGAGUUGGAAGGAAGGGAUAAUUGAAGCUCUCCUCGGAGUUAGAGGUCCGAGAGAUCUCCCGAACAAGAAGAAAACCAAGACAUUCAACUUCUUUUCUGGCAAGCCGGACGUCGAGAACUGUUACGGAUGGAGCACUGCCGUGACCAAUAAAGGCCUUAAAGCUUUGAAGGGCUCAAACCUUGGCGCAUUCAUGGUGAACCUAACAACGGGUGCUAUGAUGGGGCCUCAUUGGAAUCCUAAGGCGACGGAGAUUGCUAUAGUGAUCCACGGGCACGGAAUGGUGCAAGUUGUUUGCCCUUCAAACCCAUCUGGUCAGAGUAACAAGUCUUGCGAGUGUAAGAACACAGCCUUUAGGGUGAAAGAAGGGGAUGUGUUCAUUGUGCCGAGGUUCCAUCCCAUGACUCAGAUAUCCUUCAACAAUGAUUCAUUCGUCUUCGUGGGUUUCAGCACCAACGUAGGGCAGAACCAUCCGCAGUUCUUGGCGGGGAAGAGGUCGGCUCUUCAAGUCAUCAACAAGGAGAUCUUGGCAAUGUCGUUCAAUGCUCCGAAUUCGACCUUAGUCGAGGAGCUACUGGCUUCUCAGCGUGAGUCCAUCAUUUUGAGUUGUACGUCGUGCGCGGAGGAUUUGGCGAAGCGAACGGAAUCGGAGGAGGCGAGGGAGAGGGAGGAAGAGGAGGCUAGGAAGCGCAAGGAAGAGGAGGCGAGGAAGCGAGAGGAAGAGGAGGCGAGGAAGCGCGAGGAAGAGGAGGCUAGGAGGAGAGAGGAAGAGGAGGCGAGGAAGCGCGAGGAAGAGGAGGCUAGGAGGAGAGAGGAAGAAGCAGCUCGACGAAGAGAGGAGGAAGAGGAGGCAAAGAGGAGGGAGGAAGAGGAGGCGAAGAGGCGGGAGGAGGAAGAAGCACGGCGGAGGGAGGAAGAGGAGGCGGCGAGGAGGAGAGAGGAGGAAGAGGAGGAGGCGCGAGGAAGGGAAGAGGGGCAAAGUGAGAGGGAGAGAGAGGGCGAAGAAGAACCUCGUCGACGGAGGCGAGAGGAAGAGGAAGGAGGAGGUGGAGAAGCUCCAUGGGAGGAGGGAGGGGAGGGGGAAGUGGUGAGACGCAGCAAAGUUGCAGCAAAGAAACUGUACAAGGGUUGAGCAGUAAAAAGCGUUUGCUGGAACGAGAAUAAUGGCUUUUCUAAUAUGUUCUUGGGGGCCAACUUUGUGAAAAAUUUGUGGCUUUUGUUCUUGUCUGAGUUGUUCGAGUAUUUUUGUGGUUUUUGUUCUACUUUAUGUUGAGUACUUUUUACGUUGGAGUUUAAAAUUUACUAGUGUACUAGUUUUGUUGUUUGA